UAAACAUACCCACGUGUUUAUCGAUCUCGUUUUUGACACGAGAAUUAACGAGACAGUGCGAGAAGGCCAUUUACGAUUCAACAUGGCCGUACAAAACAGUACAUCAAAAUUUAAUGAUAAUUACGAAUUAAAAGAAGAAUUAGGAAAAGGUGCUUUUUCUAUAGUGAGAAGAUGUGUUCAAAAAUCUACAGGUCUAGAAUUUGCAGCAAAAAUAAUAAAUACAAAAAAAUUAUCUGCUCGAGACCAUCAAAAGUUAGAAAGAGAAGCUAGAAUAUGUAGAUUGUUAAAGCAUCCAAAUAUAGUCAGACUACAUGACAGUAUACAAGACGAUGGUUUCCACUAUUUAGUAUUUGAUUUAGUAACUGGUGGUGAAUUAUUUGAAGAUAUUGUAGCAAGAGAAUUUUAUAGUGAAGCUGAUGCAAGCCACUGCAUGCAACAGAUAUUAGAGAGUGUUAACUACUGUCAUAUGCAUGGAAUAGUACAUCGAGAUUUGAAGCCAGAGAAUCUUUUAUUAGCAAGUAAAGCAAAGGGAGCAGCAGUAAAAUUAGCAGAUUUUGGACUUGCCAUUGAGGUACAAGGGGACCAACAGGCAUGGUUUGGAUUUGCAGGCACUCCUGGUUAUUUAUCACCAGAAGUCUUACGCAAAGACCCAUAUGGGAAACCAGUAGAUGUAUGGGCAUGUGGUGUAAUAUUAUACAUUCUACUAGUGGGUUAUCCCCCUUUCUGGGAUGAGGAUCAGCACAGAUUGUAUGCUCAGAUUAAAGUAGGAGCUUAUGAUUACCCAUCACCAGAAUGGGAUACAGUUACGCCGGAAGCGAAAAACCUCAUAAAUAGUAUGCUGACGGUAAACCCAUCCAAGCGAAUCACGGCACAGGAAGCGCUCAAACACCCCUGGAUCUGUGAUUGGGACACAUUGCAACGUGAGCGUGUGGCUGCUGCUGUACAUAGACAGGAGACAGUUGAUUGCUUGAAGAAAUUCAAUGCACGUAGAAAACUCAAGGGUGCCAUCCUGACGACUAUGCUGGCCACCAGGAAUUUUUCAAGUAAUAUUGCUGCUCAAAAUCAGGCUCAGGCCCAGGCUCAGGCUCAGGCUCAAUCAGGUGCAGGUAAUCCCACAACAAUGGUCCCAAACCCUCCUGGUUCUGUCCCAGUAAUGGCCGCUGGAGCGGCAUCUUUAGCAGCGGCCCUCAUGAAGGGUCACCAAGAUACUAGACAGCAGCAACAACAACAACAAGCAGGCCGCAGUCUCAUGGUGAAGAAAAAUGACGGUAUUAAAGAGUCAACAGACAGUAGUAACACAAUAGAGGAUGAUGGUAGAAAACAGGAGGUGAUUAAGCUGACAGAACAACUUAUUGCUGCCAUAACAAGUGGGGACUAUGAUGCUUACUCGAAGUUUGUUGAUCCGACAAUUACAUGCUUUGAGCCAGAGGCGAUGGGUAACCUAAUCGUAGGAAUGGACUUUCACAAGUUCUACUUUGACCAUGGUAAGGGGGUUUUAUCCAAGAACAAUAAACCAGUGAAUACAAGUAUUUUGAAUCCAACAGUUCAUGUACUAGGAGAUGAUGCUGCUUGUAUUGCAUAUGUACGGCUUACACAGUUCAUUGACAAAGAUGGUUUACCAGCAACCAAACAGAGUGAGGAAACUCGUGUAUGGCAAAGAAAGGAUGGAAAAUGGCAAAAUGUUCAUUUCCACAGGUCUGGAGACCCUUCAGCACCAAAUAAAUAGCCCAGUACACAAAAAUAUCAAUAGAAUGUCAACUUUUUUUCCAAAUCAUGCCUUUAUAAGGGCAUUUUCUUUAUUCUAAUUAAUGUUUGCUCAUAUGUUGAGUAUGGAUGGGCUUUCUCCUUUAUUAAG